AUGGGUUUAGUUUAUCAUCAAAUGUCGAAAUAUGGUGAAGCACUUUCUUAUCAUGAAAAAGCUUUGCAAAUUUAUGAGAAAGUUUUUCCUUUCGAUCAUCCUGAUUUGGCUUUUUGUCUUCAAAACAUUGCCACUGUCAAAUGUGAUUUGGGUGAUUAUUCAAAUGCACUUCUAUAUCAAAAACAAGCAAUUGAAAUCUAUGAAAAGAAACUAUGUUCGAAUCAUCCUGAUCGAAUAUUAGCUUAUGACAACAUUGCCUCAAUUUAUGAGAAAAACAACGAUUAUGAUAACGCUGUUUUCUUUUACGAAAAUAUUAUUAAAAUUUAUCAUGAAGAAGAAUCUGGGAAUGAUUUUCAGUUGGCGUCAUCGCAUAACAAAGUUGGUUUACUUUAUGAGAAAAUGAAUAAGAAAUCUAUUGCUCUUUCCUAUUAUAAACAAGCAAGUCAUUUUUUAUGA